CGUAGUGAGAUGCCCGGAGGAGGCGGAGCUAGGCUCUUACCUGUAACUGUUGCUACAAACGCUUUGUGGGAGGAGAUGUGGAGCGGUUGUCAUUGUUGGAGUGGGAAUAGUGUGACUAUGUGCUGACAGAGUGUGGUGGGUGAGACUUGGAGACAUGGAGGGGGUGAAGGACAGGAGCGCUCUGCAGGAGGACGAGGAUGACGGAGGAGGAGAAGGAGAAGGAUGGGACAGCCGCUCAUCAUCAUACACUGACUGCAGCAGCUGUUGCUCCAGUGACUUGGAGCCAGAGUGGUUGGAAAGUGUACAAAGAAAUGGAGAGCUCUUCUAUCUUGAGCUGAGUGAAGGAGAGGAAGAAAGUCUGUUGAAUUCACAAGGUGUAAACCAUGUGCGCUUUUGUGAAAAUGAGGCAGAAGUAAUAUCAGAAGAUGUCAAGAAAGAUAAAAAGACUGAGCCACGGUUUAAGAGACUUGCUAAAAUAUUGAAAAAUAAACACAUUGGCAAGAAAAGAUCUGCAAGAUUAAAUAGCCAAGCAGGGCCAACAUCCAUCCUCAAACACCAGCCCAGCCAUAAAAGUGGAAUGAGCCUACAUCAGCAGUACAAAGAUGUUUGUCUGUAUGUCAAUCCAAACCGUUUGCUUGAAAAUGGACCAUAUGAGAAGCUUAACCUGCUGCAGGCUCUAAUUGGGAUUGUGCAUCAGUCCUCAAGGACCAGUAAGCUUAUGGAAAGACAGGACAAGUUUGAUGCAGUGCAUAAAUUGACAAGCCAUGAGAAACUUGUUAUACAUGGUUUUAUCCCAGAAAGUCCAGCUGUCAGAAGUCACCAAAUCUGUAUUGGCGAUACUCUAAUUGCAGUUAAUGAUGUGGAAGUCAGUGCAGAAAACAUUGAAAGAGUUUUAUCUUGUAUACCAGGACCCAUGCAGGUGAAAUUGACAUUUGAAACAACUGUGUUUGAUGCACAAAUCCAACGUCAGAGUUUAAGUUAUGAGGCACAACCAUCCAUGGAUCAUCUAACAAAGCUGAUCUGGGGUGAAGAACAUGCCAGCCACCUGCAGGUUGUACAAGGAGUGCCUCAUAUAGCAAUGUACCUCACACUGAGGCUGGAAUCCGACAUAUCAAAAGAAGAGCAGGAAAUUCUCUAUCAGUACCCUAUAUCCGAAGCCUCGCAGAAGCUGAAGAGUAUAAGAGGAUUAUUUCUAACACUGAGUGAUAUGCUACAAAAUGUGUCUGGAUCCCGUAUUGUUAGCUCAUCUCUCAUUUUAAACAAGCAACUGGUUCAUGUUUCAUAUUGGAAAGAGUCUGAUCGUUUAUUUCUGAUUUCGCUUCCAGCAGAGAGAGUCUCUCUUCUACAAUUGAAAAACAUGACUGAAGAUCUGGUUAGAACGUUAAAGUUCAUGUUUAGCUCUUUGGAUAGGGCUUUCUGUCAGGCGGAAAAUGUGCCUCGUCUUGAUCAUUUCUUUAGCCUGGUUUUCCAGCGAGCGGUCAGACUGUCCAUUUUAAAUGCAAAUCCAGGCCAUGGGCCUCAGUAUUAUGACGCCUGCAGUGCCCACAUUGUGGAGAACCUUCCGGGGGUGCGAUGGUUGUCCUUACCUGAAGAUGUCAAGAUGGAGAUUGACACCGUACUUAGUGACCUGGAGGCACUUGAUUUUGCAGAGCUGUCUGAAGACUACUAUGAGAUGAGACGCCUCUACAUGAUCUUGGGAACCUGUCUAUUUUACAAAGGUUAUCUACUGUCUAAUCACUUGCCCAAGGAAGAUCUUCUUGAUAUUGCCCUGUAUUGCCGAAACUAUUGCCUGAUGUCACUGGCAUCUGAAAGAAUUGGCCAGCUUGUGAUCUGGAGGGAAGUAUAUCCAUCUUAUCACCUACAGAAGUGUGGGACUCUAAGCAAAGAAGAAUACAGUGAACCAGAGGCCAGGUACUUCCUUCUCAUCGUAGGCAUGAAACACUUUAUGCUCUGUACUCUGCUAGAGGCUGGAGGCUGCACUUCAGAGGCUGUUGGAACGCCAGGCCCUGACUACGUAUAUGUGGAUCAGCUUAGGGCAACCCUUCUUCAGCUGGAGAUGCUGGAUGCUAGUAUUGACGAAAGACUAAAUGCUUCCCCUAACCCAUGUCUGUCCUGUGCUGACUGGUUUCUCCCCUCCGCAAGGGACAAGUUCCAGAGCGUAGUGAAUUCUGUUAUGAUGAACAAAAUACAGACUCCGAAGAAGGCAAAUUUUUCCUUAAGCAGAAAGGGUGUGACUGCGGACUCCCCAACUUCUCUACGAAUACGUAGGCCAAGCCCUUCAAGAAGCAGUGGAGGAUCAGAUCAUGGAAGCGAUGGUGUGUUAGAAAACACAAAUCUCCUCUCUCUUUCCACACCGGACUUGACCAGGAAGAGUGGAAGAAGAGAGUCACAAGGGUCUGGAGGCUCAGAAGGAAGUGGAGGGAGUGGGAAUGUCCCUAAGAUCAGUAAGAAAAGAUACACGCUUCCAAAUCCUUUUAAUUUAGGGAGUUUAAGACGGAACCUUUCUGAGCGAGAAGCUGAAGAUCUCUAUAACACUGUGAAAUUAUCCUCGGGUCCAGAAAACACACUUUUUCAUUACUUGUAUCUGGAAACCAUCCAAGGAGUUUUCAUUGCUCCAACACAUCGGGAUGUGGAAGAACUCAGCGGAGCUAUUCACCCCAAGUUGAUUAAGAAUUUCCAUAGAUGCUGCAUAUCUAUACGUUCUCUGUUUCAGAAGACACUAAUGGAAGAGAAGCAGAGUCCUUCCAAAGCAGACACGUGUCGAGAUUUCCCAGGUUUGGGUCCAGUUAAGGAACAUGGCAUUUUAUUUGAAUGUUCUCCAGAGAACUGGACAGAUCAGAAGAAAGCUCCACCCACCAUGUCUUACUGGGCUAUAGGGAGACUCUUUCUACAGCCACAGCCUCAGGAGUUCUACGUUUGCUUCCACGAUUCCGUCACAGAAGUUGCAGUUGAGUUGGCUUUUAAGCUUUCAUUUGGGAUGCCACUUUAGUGGUUUCUGCUUCAUACACCAAUGACUUUUGUAUUGCAAAUACAAUAUCUGUGCAAGCACUUAUGUUGGCCAUUCAUGUGGCAAAUCAAUCACUCGAUUCAAUAUUUAUUAGCACUGAAAGCUUGAUUUCUGCCUACCUGUUGGAAAGAUCACUGACCACAAUGGAAACCUAUUGAUUUAAACAUGAUUUCCAAUUAGUGACUGGUUAGUCAAUUUUUUUUCAUUUAAAGUAUAAUGGCGUUUGUUGAACUUUUGGACAUUUUAUUUAUUGAUUUUGUUUUUUUAUAAAAUUAAGUAUUUGAUAUAUCUAACUAGUUUUUCAAGGUACUGAUUUUUUUUUUUUUUUCAAAUAUUAUAUUUUAGCAGCAAUGCAGCAGAAAUUACUUUCUGAUUGAAACUGUUCCUGUGAUAUUUCCUUAUUAUAUGCCCUCACCCAUUGGUUGUCCAUGGUUUAGUUGAUAUUGAGAGGAAUUUUUAUAUUUCUGUGAAUGCCCUCAUAGACGCUAAGGCUCGUAUAUAGUGUCUAAACCCAUGUUAACACCUCAGAUUGGCAAGGAAAUGACAUUGAUAGCAAUUGACUAGAACAAAAAAAAGUAGAAAAAUAAAUGAAAAUGGCAUUUUCUUAACUGCUUUUGAUUUUAAUCCCCUAUGUGAUGAUUUUUUUAUUUUUUUUGGUGACUGGUUCUCUUUGAGACAUCGGGGAUCUAAACAAGGCAAAUGAAGUGCAGAUUGAAUUGCAUUUGUUUCUUCCCUAGCCAUACUGGCUGGGGAAAGUAAGAGGGGGACCUGAAAGUGAUGUUUUAAGUUAACGUCACUUCCAUGUCAGUAACAGGAAGGGUAUGCCAGUGAACAGACAUUCACUCUUCUCCUUCCCCUCUACCCACUAUCACCCGCCAUACCAAUCCUGCCCAGCUGAUGGAUGCAUGGAGCCUGGGAAAUGUGAAAGCACACGCAGGGGUCCUGGCCAUAAUUAGCCUGUGUGGAAGUGAUACAGGUCCAUUUAUCAGCUGGUAGUCGGCUUGAUAGAUUUACACACACUCCUGGCAGAGGCACCCCCCUCAUUGCCACCAACAUUUUUACGUCCGUGGCAGUUAAAGUGUUAACGUAUAAGAAACAUUAUUGAGUCUUGUGAAUUGGCUAACAACAAAAUGUGUGCCAUCAAUGUAACGGCAGCCUAGAACAAAGGGAAAAGCUUUGUGAAUUGACUCUAUAAGGUCUCCUGGCAGGAGUGGCAGGGCCUUGUCAUAUAGUGGAAUGAACAUCCAAACCUAGCCCUGUGUUUGAAACGGGUAUUAUUACUUGUGUGCUAGAAGACAGACUGGCAAUAUAGGCAUGAUUUCAGGCACAUGUCAAGGCAGCAAUAGCCAGACUUUAGGAGGUCUCUAAGUUAAAUAAGCAAAUCUUAUAAAGAGGGUAAAUAUCAAUAUUUCAUAUGCCUGCACAGUUCCAAUUUAAACCUAAAUAUUCACAUUUCUACCUAAAGUGGUUCUAAACUCAGAAGUGCACUGCAUGCAUAAAGUUAAAUAUUCUGUGGGCAGUUCCCCAAAUACUUUCCUGAGCACAAUAUCAAUCCAGGCCUGUG